GUUACAGUUUUCUCCCACAGAUCCAUGCAAAUUAAAGAUCACACGGUCUCGUUCUCGCCGCCUAUAUGUAGCGCCACCGAUUCCCCAUGAACCAUUCAAGUGUUUGUACUUGGCUUUGCUGGCCUGUUUCUGUUUUGAUUACUCGAGCUCCAGAGCACAGCAGCAGAGAGACGCGAGCUGUUCGUGGUCGUCGUCGUCGUCGAUGGACGCGGCGUGGCGCGGCGGCGUUGGCUGCUCGCCGGUCUGCCUCGACCUCUGCGUCGGGCUGUCGCCGGUGCGGGAGCCGUCGGCGGCGAGGCACGAGCUGCUUGACCGGCCGGCCGGCUGCCGCGGCGGUGGGGAUUCCAAGUCGAUGACCAAUGACGAGGCGAAGAUCGUCGAGGCGAAGGUCACUCAGAUGAGCGAGGAGAAUCGGCGGCUGACCGAGGUGAUCGCCCGCCUGUACGGCGGCCAAAUCCCGCGGCUCGGCCUCGACGGCUCGGCCUCGCCGCCGCGGCCGGUGUCGCCGUUAUCGGGCAAGAAGAGGAGCAGGGAGAGCAUGGAGACGGCGAAUUCCUGCGACGCCAACAGCAACAGGCAUCAGGGCGGCGACGCCGACCACGCCGAGAGCUUCGCCGCCGACGAUGGCACCUGCCGGAGGAUCAAGGUCAGCCGGGUGUGCAGGCGGAUCGACCCGUCGGACACCUCCCUGGUGGUCAAGGACGGGUACCAAUGGCGGAAGUACGGGCAGAAGGUGACGCGCGACAACCCGUCGCCGAGGGCCUACUUCCGGUGCGCCUUCGCGCCAUCGUGCCCGGUGAAGAAGAAGGUGCAGCGGAGCGCGGAGGACAGCUCGCUGCUGGUGGCGACGUACGAGGGCGAGCACAACCACCCGCACCCGUCUCCGCGCGCCGGCGAGCUCCCGGCGGCGGCGGGGGGGGCCGGUGGCUCGCUGCCGUGCUCCAUCUCCAUCAACUCCUCCGGCCCGACCAUCACGCUCGACCUCACCAAGAACGGGGGAGCCGUGCAGGUGGUCGAGGCGGCGCAUCCGCCGCCGCCGCCGGACCUCAAGGAGGUGUGCCGGGAGGUCGCGUCGCCGGAGUUCCGGACCGCGCUGGUGGAGCAGAUGGCCAGCGCGCUCACCAGCGACCCCAAGUUCACCGGCGCGCUCGCCGCGGCGAUCCUCCAGAAGCUGCCCGAAUUCUAGCUUCCUUUACAAUUCUCCAAUUCUUCUUACAGGAAAAAACAUAGAGGCGCAUUUCAAUAGAGAUUAGAGCUUAAUCUCCCCCCAAAUUUGAAAAUUUUAUACAGGGUAAGAAUUCCGAAUGCUUUUCUGCUGCUUUUAGGAUGUGAAUUGUACUCUCUCAUAAUAACCUGUUGGUCCUUGGGCCGUCGGAAGAAGAUUGCGGGCUUCUAUCGGGCCUCACGAUCCUGAGCCCAAUUGCGAGGCUCCUUGAGCUUAUUAGGCCUCAUGUUCUUCUUUA